GGCAGAGGCAGUGGAGCCCCAUUAUAAACCGCGCAGAGCUCAGGCAGCGAGCGGACAGCACCGAGCCCCGACGAGGGCCGCCACCGCCUGCCCCGGCACCCCCGGACCCCCUCGGCCAUGGCUCUUCCACCUCUCUCCUGGCUGCUCCGCUUGACUGCCCUCUGCCAUCUGAUCAUGCUGCUGGCUGGACAGCACCUCGGUGUGAAGAAGUGUAACAUCACGUGCAGCAAAAUGACCUCGGAGAUCCCCGUGGCUCGUCUAGUUCACUACCAACGAAAUCAAGAAUCAUGCGGCAAACGUGCCAUCAUCCUGAAGACCAUGAAGGAAAAAUUAUUCUGUGCUGACCCACAGGAGAAAUGGGUCCAGAAAGCCAUGGAGCAUCUAGACCGCAAGGCUGCUGCUCUGGCUCCAAAUGGCGGCACGUUCGAGAAGCAAAUCGGCGUGGGUGAGCCCAGGACCAGCCCAGCCACCAGGGGGAUGGACUGGUCUGAGGCUUCAGAGACCAAAUUCACAAGCGAAAGCAGUAGCCAGGAGGCACAGAGGGCCUUCGGGACUUCCCCAGAGCUGCCACGAGAAGUGGCUGAUUCUAGGGGGACCAGGUCCCCCUCCACUUCAAAGACUCCGGAUGGAGGGCCCGAGAGAACUGAGCUUUUCAACAAGGCUGCCGUCACCACCACCACGUCUUGGCAGAGUUCUACCGCCUACCAACCUGGGGCAGACCUCGAGGCUGAGGGGAAAGCCUCUGAGGCCCCCUCCACCCAGGCCCCCUCCACCCAGACCCCCUCCACCCAGGCCCCCUCCACCCAGACCCCCUCCACCCAGACCCCCUCCACCCAGACCCUCCCCACCCAGGCCCCCUCCACCCAGGCCCCCUCCACCCAGGCCCCCACUAUUUCACACACAGUCCCAGAGGACAACACUGGGCCCGAAGGCCAACCUGGGUGGAUCAAGGGACAGGACCCCACGCCAGAGAACUCUCUAGGGUCCAAAGAAAUGGGUCCCACUUCAGCUCACACGGAUGCUUUCAUGGGGCCUGGCAGCGUGUCCAAUGUCUUCGUGGUCCCUGUAUCCUCUGAAGGGGCCCCCAGCACGGAUCCAAUGGCCUCUGGCAGCUGGACCCCCAAGGUCAAGGAGCCCAUUCAAGCCACCGCGGACCCCCAGAAGCUCAGUGUCCUCACCACUUCCGCCCCCAACUCCCAGGCAGCCACCCGGAGGCAGGCAGUGGGGCUGUUGGCCUUCCUCGGUCUCCUCUUCUGCCUGGGGGUGGCCAUGUUUGCCUACCAGAGCCUUCAGGGCUGCCCUCGCAAGAUGGCAGGAGACAUGGUGGAGGGGCUUCGCUACGUGCCCCGGAGCUGUGGCAGUAACUCGUACGUCCUGGUGCCAGUGUGAGC